CCCUGCUUUGGAACCUGGCUAGCGACCGCGUUUGACACAGGGAGUUGCACUUCCCUAUCGCUCUCUCUGCAUCUAACCAGUACCAAUACGAUUGCUGCAAUGCUAUCACAUUCACGAUGUUUGUCACGGACACUUGGGCGCUCUCUUUCUGCGCUAAGUCAGGGAAAUGGUGUACUGGUACGAAGGAGUGCAUCAGGCCUUUCCGCCUCCAACCGUCUUGUUUACAGGAAUGGCCAGCCAUGUGAUUCCAAGUCAGCAGUCAAUGUCUUCCAAAUGCGAUACUUCAAGACAUCUCCAGUACGCAGAGACGAAGUUGUCACCGUCAACACCCCAGCGUUUGCUGAGUCCGUCACAGAGGGGGAUGUGAGGUGGGAAAAAGCUGUUGGGGACUCCGUGAGUGAGGAUGAGGUGGUGUGUGAAAUUGAGACGGACAAGACCUCAGUGCAGGUACCCUCUCCUGCAGCCGGAGUCAUUGAGGCUCUCCUGGUGCCCGACGGAGGGAGAGUUGAAGGAGGAAACCCCCUCUUCAAACUCCGGAAAGGAGCCGGUGCUGCCAAAGCUGCUGCCUCAGCAGAAGCCCCUGUGGCCGCUGCAGCCCCUCCUCCUCCAGCAUCGCCACCUCCCACCCCCGCCGCCAUGCCCCCCGUCCCCCCCGUGCCAGGACAAGCCAUGGAAGCCAAACCUGUUUCUGCUGUCAAGCCUACUGCACCUCGAGCUGCACCAACCCCUCCCACAGCGGUGCCCACAGGAGCCAGGACAGAAAGCAGGGUGAAGAUGAACCGCAUGAGGCUGAGAAUCGCCCAGAGGCUUAAGGAGGCCCAGAACACCUGUGCCAUGCUGACCACUUUUAAUGAGGUGGACAUGAGCAACAUCCAGGACCUUAGAACCCUCCACAAAGACGCUUUCCUAAAGAAACACAACAUCAAACUUGGCUUCAUGUCUGCGUUUGUCAAAGCUGCAGCCCACGCCUUGAUGGACCAGCCGUCUGUUAAUGCUGUCAUCGAUGAUUCAACCAAAGAGAUAGUGUACAGGGAUUACGUAGACAUCAGUGUGGCUGUGUCGACUCCAAAGGGACUUGUGGUACCUGUGAUUCGCGGCGUAGAAACAAUGAACUUCGCUGACAUCGAGAAAACCAUUAAUGGAUUGGGAGAAAAGGCUCGCAAGAACGAACUAGCCGUGGAGGAUAUGGACGGAGGCACGUUCACCAUCAGUAACGGCGGUGUUUUUGGAUCCAUGUUCGGCACACCCAUCAUCAACCCUCCCCAGUCUGCAAUCUUGGGCAUGCAUGGCAUCUUCGAGAGGCCAGUGGCCAUAGGGGGCAAGGUGGAGAUCCGGCCCAUGAUGUACGUAGCACUGACAUAUGACCACCGUCUCGUUGACGGCAGAGAGGCCGUUACCUUCCUACGCAAGAUUAAGUCGGUGGUAGAGGACCCACGCGUGCUGCUUCUUGAUAUGUGAUUUCCUGGCCCCGAAAAGUCUAUUUAAAGAUGUCAUUGAUAUAUAUAAAACUGCAUCCCCUUUAUUUAAAACAAACACACACUAUAUUCUACAUUUUUCUGUGUAAGUGACGAAAGGGGGGAGCGGAUGACACUUUUAGGGACUGUUUCCUAAACGCAGUUUGUCACUUCAAUAGUAGUCAUUUCAAUUCCAGGACCUAAAGGAAUCUGGGUAUGGAAUUUCACCCCAAAAUAUGGGAAAUUGUUGUUGUGCAAAGUUCAUGAGAUGAUGCCCAGUUUUCUGAUUUGUUACCCAUCAUGUUAUUGUCAUUUAAAUGCUAUUUUACAGUGUAUACCUCUCUUAUCCAAAGCUCAUGUUGAACUCCAAAUGCCAUUUACACAUCCACUUGAAGAGGCUUUUAAUUGUUUUAUAGUGAUUUAGCCAAAACUGGUGCUCAAUUAGAUAUAUGAAGGCCAUGGACCAUUUAUAUGAUUGUCCUUUGUCAUGGUUGUGUAAUCAAACAUGUCUACACACCACUUAGUCUGUCAGUCUAUCCUUCUCGUAGUAUACAACACACUAGGUUCUCUAAGAAGGAGAGAAGUGGGCGGAACUAGCUGCCACAACACUUUUGCGAACUGAUCUGUCAUUGUGUCUCCUACGGCCACUGUACCGUCUUCUGCUUUUGAGACAGUGGCCACAGAAGACAGACGUUUUUGAUAAAUGCACUGUUUGUUUGUUUUUGUUCUCUUCAAUGUAAUGGACAACAUGCAAGACCAGACUUUUUGUUGUUGUCGUAUUAACAACUCUUGGGGAGUAGUUUUCAAGACGCACAAUUUAGCAGUAUGUACUGUUUUUCAUGAGCUCAUCACUGCAAUAUACAAAAUGUGUAUAUUUAAAGAAAAUGUUUUAAAGCAGUAUAAACAACAUAAGUUUUAUGUAAA